AUGGCCGGCUUUCUCCCUGCGCUCCCCCCCCCUCCGUAUAGCGCAGACCGCCUGCCUAAUCUACCCCAGGUUCUAGCACGGCAGACGGUCCCCUCUAACUUCAAAAAAUGUAAGGCCGACCUAAAGACACAAUUAAGAGAACUUAAGGAGAUUAAAAGUCUGGAGGAACAAAUUGUCCGGCUUCAAGCCUCUUAUGACUCAUAUCAGUUCCCUGUAUUUUUUAAUCAACAGCCCAAGCGAGUUACCUUGCCUACCCCCUCCCUGCCCCCUCCCAUACCCCGCUUGCCGGAGGAUCGGGGCCGAUCCCACCAAAGGGGCACGGGUGCUGUGACUCGCAGCCACAGCCUAGAUAGAGCCCAGGCUGGGCAGAGGGCUCAGGCUUUAGCUAGGUCCCUUGAGGACAUUCAGGAAGAGCCACAACAAGUCCCUGAUAACCCUGAAUCUGCACCUUUAGUGGGCAACCACAUGGCAGAGAUUAGGAGAUACCAACGUCUCCAACACAAACCUAUAGAAACCCUUUUUCAAGCCAUAAAUACCUAUGGCCAUAAUGCCCCCUACACCCUCUCUUGUCUUGAGGCAGUCCGAGAUGGAGGAGAACUGUUACCUGCUGAAUGGAAGGAAAUUGCUAGCACAACCUUGCCACGCUCUGACUAUAUACUUUGGGAGACAGAUUUUUUGGCCCGAUGCAGGCAACAGGCCAACCUGGGCAAUGGAGGUUUUACCCUCCCAGAUCAGAUCUAUGAACAGCUUACCGGCACGGGAACCUUUGCCUCCUUUACAGUACAGCAACAGAGGCUUUCCCCUGCUCGUUUGGCUCAGAUCAAUACUGCUGCCCUCCGGGCUUGGAGAGCCAUGCCUAAAAGUGGACAGGCCACCAUUCCACUGGCUCAAACAGUGCAAGGCCCCCAGGAGCCCUACAAUAAAUUCAUUAGUAGACUCCUGGAAACGGUAGAAAGGAUUAUGGGCUCUGCAGAUUAUAAUAAUCCCCUUGUCAAGCAACUUGCUUACGAAAAUGCUAAUGAAACCUGCAAAGCCAUUCUUCGUGGCCAAAAUAAACUAAAACCUUUAAACGAGAUGAUCCGUCUGUGUAGCGAGGCAGACCCCUUUGUACAUAAAAUAGGCCAGGCCAUAGUGGCGUUUCAGAACCAGUCCAAUGGAAAAACCUGUUUUAAAUGCGGUCAACCAGGACACUGGGUCAAGACAUGCCCUAUGGCUAAGCACUCCCCAGUGCUCACCACAGCUAACACUGAGCCUAAACCAUCCCUCUGUCCCCAAUGCCGCCGUGGCAAGCACUGGGUGGCCUCUUGCCAUUCUAAGACUGAUAUUGAAGGCAACCCCCUUCCUCCCCAUCAGGGAAACGGCAGGAGGGCCCGGCCCCAGGGCCCACAAAAAUCAAUAUUAAUGGGGCUUCAGAGACCGGCUCACCCGGUGCAGCAGUUUGUGGCUCCCGCCCAAAGCAACCCCAACCUCCAGCAGGACUUGAUAGAGCUUACACCACAACAGCCUCCCUUAUCAGAGCCACCCCAGGCUCCGCAGGAGUGGACUUGUGUGCGUCCACCCCAGCAGUAUUGA